AUGGCGGCGCCCGCGAGACUGACGGGAGAGGGUAUUGGGGAGAAUGCAGCAGAAGAGGAGCCACGGGUUCUGGAACCCGGGGCCGCUCCGUUCGGAAAUUUUCCUCAUUAUUCCCGCUUUCACCCUCCAGAGCAACGGCUUCGCCUCCUGCCCCCGGAGCUGCUUCGAAGGCUCUUCCCUCCCGAGCGUUCCGAGGCAAGGCCGAUCCUGGGGCUCGACGUGGGGUGUAACUCCGGGGAUCUGAGUGUGGCUCUAUACAAACACUUCCUUUCCUUACAUGAUGGGGAGAACUGCUCAGAUGCCUCCAGAGAACUCCGUCUCCUAUGCUGUGACAUAGAUCCAGUCCUGGUGGAGCGAGCUAAAAAAGAAUGUCCUUUUCCUGAUGGCUUGAAUUUUAUCACCCUGGACUUCAUGAAUCAAAGGACCCGGAAGGUUCUCUUGAGCUCCUUCUUAAGUCAAUUUGGACGUUCAGUUUUUGACAUUGGCUUCUGUAUGUCAAUAACCAUGUGGAUUCAUCUUAACCAUGGGGACCAUGGCCUGUGGGAGUUCCUGGCCCAUCUUUCCUCCCUCUGCCGCUACCUCCUUGUGGAGCCACAGCCUUGGAAGUGUUACCGAGCAGCUGCAAGGCGUCUCCGAAAGCUGGGACUCCAUGAUUUUGAUCACUUCCAUUCCCUUGCCAUCCGAGGUGAUAUGGCCAAUCAGAUUGUGCAGAUCUUGACCCAGGACCAUGGCAUGGAAUUAGUAUGCUGCUUUGGCAACACUAGUUGGGACCGAAGCCUUCUACUCUUCAGGCAUCUGAUCCCUGAAUCACUGAUAGAAGAGAAAGAAAGGAACAGAUUAAGAUUCUGGAGGCAGUAAGAUGGGAAGGCAGUAAAAGGUACUGAAAAGGCUUUUAACUGAGAAUUAUGCUCACUGUCCUGGAACAGUGAGGCAGCCUGAAAACCUAGCAGAAGCUUUUGGCAAAAUGUCCAAAGCAUGCAACUGAAAGAAUGUCUGUUCCCCAUUAUUUGGGACAAUCCCUGAGGAGAAUGAAUCCAAAGAUCAGUGAGCAAGGGUAUCUAAAUGAAGAAUAUGAUCCUUAGUUGUAGGAUGUGGAAUAGACUAUUCCUAGGUUUCUGUUUGUGGUACUGGUGAUCAAAACCAGGGCCUGUGCAUGGUAGACAAAUGCUCUAGCACUGAUCCACAUCCCCAACUCUUAAAGGUCAUUAAAAAUUAGACCAGGCUUAGCCGGGUGCGGUGGCACAUGCCUGUAAUCCCAGUGGCUCAGGAGUCUGAGGCAGGAGGAUCAC